CUUGUCUCGUUCCUUACUGGCGAUAGCUCAAAGUUAUUCCUCUGUUUUGCGUUUGGAUUGGCGAAGCGGGAGAGCUUCUACGGAGGAUGGGCUGCUUUACAGUUUUGAGAGGCAAGAAGAAGAUAAACGCAUAUUCUCUGAGCAGGAAGCUAGUUUCUGUAAAUGAGAACAUCAGCACCGCCCUUCCUGAACCGGAAGUUCGGGGGCCGUCUCUCCAAUCUGCACCUCCAAGUUUUAGGGGUCGAAACAAACAAGUUCAACAACCCAACCGAACAAUCAAUAGCAGAGCCCGGGCACUAUCUGCUCCUUCAAGCUUAAUUUUGGUUGAUCAAUAUGUUUCUCCUUCUAUUGAAUUGGAUGACCAAGAAGAAUCCAAGGCCCGAGGUGAGCCAUCAAAAGAGCAGCGAUUCUCAAAGCCUGUUCCUCUCCCAUUGCCAUCUCCGCGGGCCAAUUGCGUACUGAAGAAUAUAGGAAGCUUUAAAUCUACUGCUAGUGGUCACCAUGUCCUAAAUCCAGGUCCCCUGCCUCUGCCUCCCAUAGCCGGAGGAGGCCUUCGGAACUUUACCUAUGAAGAGAUUGCUGCUGCAUGCCAACAUUUCUCAACUGAUAGGUGUGUUUCUGAAGGUAUCUCAUCUACUUUGUACAAGGCAACAUUUGGCGAUGAUUCAAUUGGAUCAAAGAAGCUUGAAGCCACGGUCACUCGCUUGCUUCCCUCCUCGCAGAAUCUGAAAGAUUUCAUUAAUGCUGUGAACACGAUAGCCUCUUUACAACAUCCCCAAUUGUGUAAGUUGCUUGGCUUCCAUGCUCGUGAAGGUUCUGAUCAACGAAUAUUGGUCUAUGAGAGACUCUAUCAUGGAAGUUUAGACCGACUGCUCUAUGCGCGAUCUGAUGGACCUGCGAUUGACUGGUCUGCACGGAUAAAACUGGCCCUUUCUGCUGCGCGCGGUCUCGCAUUCUUGCAUGAAGAAGGGCCUUUUCAGGCUAUGUUUCAUGAGUUCUCAACUUCCAACAUACAAGUAGACAAAGACUUCAGUGCAAAGCUAUCAGGAUAUGGAAGUAUUAGCUAUCCUCCAGAAGCUGAGGUCUUAAACACUUCAGUGGCCACUGCAAAUCUAUCCUCAGAGACUUUAGAGAAAGGAUUGCUUACACCCAAAAGCAAUGUAUGGAGUUUCGGCAUUGUCCUUCUUGAGCUUCUCACUGGAAGAAAGAAUCUUGAUUCUCGCCACCCUAAAGAGGAGCGAAACAUCGUCAAAUGGAGCAAGCCUUUCCUCGCCGACGAUUGCCGCUUAUCCCUUAUCAUGGACUCCAGAAUCAAAGGGCGGUGUCCGCCGAAGGCUGCUCGCACUGUGGCCGAUAUUGCUCUCAAAUGCCUUAAAAAAGAUCCCUCAGAAAGACCCACCAUGAGGACCAUCGUCGAAGCUCUCAUUAAUCUACAAGAUAUCAAAUAUCCUUGCGGGUAUCCUCUGCAAGAACCUUCAUCAGUUGCAAGAAGGCAGAUGUCGAAGUCAUCAAGCCUUAAUGGUGUAAUUCUCCCAACGCCACCAAUGUAUUUUUCACCUUCACCUCCAUCUUCGGCGACCCAGCCAUUAGUUUCACCCAGAAUGUCACUGAGAGUGUCUGUACCUCCUGUAACUUGUGCUUCCAUUCUCACACUGGAGGAAUAUAGGACAAGUUCUGUGAGGAGGUCACCAUCUUCAACAGUUCGUAGGCCUGGUGUGGAGGGAUUCUAAUUACUUUAUAGUGUAUACUACAUUUUCAUUUUUUUUUUGGUUUAUUUUGUUUGUUUUGCAAUAUGGUCAUUUAGUCUGAUAUAAGAAUGAUUCAGAUAUGUAUGGUAUCCUUCUGAACAAUAAUGAUUCUGAAUGGGAAAUUUGUAGAUAUGGGUUAUAGUAA